ACAACAGUUGGGAUCAAAUAAAAGAUUUAGUAAAAGACGAGAAUAUAGGAGAAUAUCGAAGUACUACAUAUAUUGCUACUAUUAUCACUGCUACUACCGUUUAAAGAGUAUACUACUAUAUACACGCAUACAUAUUAUAUAUAUACUAGAUAUAUCAUUAGUAAGUUACUCCCCCCCAGUGAGACUCGUAUAGAAACAAAAGAAAAGUUAUUGAUCUUGAAUUCAAAUAAGUGAUAUAAAUAAAAUGGCCAUCUUCAGAACCAAAUCUUCUUCGUCUUCGAACUCUGUUCAACAGCAAAAGAUCACAGAGAAGGAUAUUUCGCAGUAUAAAGUACAUACCGCCAACCUCCAUGAUCCAAUUUUAACCGCUGUGAACGAGGCACAACCUUUUGAGCAAGCAGCUAACCCCACGGGAGAAAGAAGACAAUCAUACUUAUCUCAAGAAAACGGGCAUUAUAGGGAUAUAUUUGGCCAAACUAUUGGACAAGCUGAUAUGUCUAACCCGGCCAGGGCUAGAAAUGAGCGUCCUUUAGAUACAAUUAGAGGAUUUGAAUAUGCCAUUACUGGAGAUGCAAAUUAUAGAGAUCAACUAGAAACAAGAAAGCUUGGUUGGGCGUUCCACGAGGACUUCCCUUACUACAACCUCCAAGGCAACGGUGGUGCUCAAGGGGCACAAGAGGGCAACUCUACCGGAAUGCAACCUCCAGUACAUACUUUUGAUGGAGAACAAGGAAUGUAUCAAGCAGAAAAUUAUAGUGCGAACUCAUUGAAGGCAGACAAAAAGAAGAAGAAGAAGGGAGGAUUGUUUGGAAGAAAGAAGUAG